AUGUCCAAAGUCAAGCAGCGUCUAAAGCAGCAGAGGUGCACCAGAAAUACGUGCCACUACCCCAGUUUUCUGCUCCAGUACCCACCAACCCGCAACAUGCAAUGGCAGCUCUACCUCCUGCACUGGAACAGUUACCUGCAUCAGCGGGAAGCUUUAUGGCAAGUGCUACUGCAGUACAAAGACAUCUUUGCCCUUUCUGAAGAGGAGGUGGGUCUAACACACUUGGUGCAGCACGAAAUAGACACUGGAGAUGCGCACCCGAUCAAAACGCGCCCCCGCCGACUCCCUCUGGCGCAUCAAGCGGCUGCUGAUAGCGCAAUUGACGAAAUGCUCGCGGCUGGUAUUAUCGAGCCGUCAGAUAGUCCCUGGGCUUCGGGGGUUGUGCUGCAAGGUAUCGCGGAGGCCGGGCUGAAACUCCACCCCAACAAAUGCUGCUUCAUGAGAAGGGAAUUGGAGUUUUUAGGGCACAAGGUUGGUGGAGAAGGCAUCAGCACUCUGGAGGAAAAGGUACAGGUUGUCAGGGACUGGCCAAUCCCCACUAACCUCAGAGAACUGAAGAGUUUCAUUGGACUAGCAUCAUAUUACAGGCGAUUCGUGCGCGGUUUCUCUUGCAUCGCCGCACCCCUGUUUGCCCUACAGCGGAAAAAUUGUGACUUUGUGUGGACCCCAGAGUGCGACCGGGCCUUUUGCACUUUGAAAAAGGCACUGACGGAGUCUCCCAUCUUAACCCCCCCAGAUACCAAUCUGCCAUUUGUCAUGGACACAGACGCCAGCGAUGCGGGGAUGGGUGCAGUGUUGAGCCAGAUUGCCCGCUGGUUGGAAGAACUUGCGCCAUAUAAUUUCAAAGUGGAGUACAGGGCUGGGAGUCGCCAUGCCAACGCGGAUGCCAUGUCCAGACGUCCAUGUGCUCUGGAUGGCUGCCGCUAUUGUGAAAAACGAGAGGCCAAGGAACAGGAGCUCUGUGUUGAGGAGCAGGCGGGUCCCUUGUGCAGCGGGGAAGGGCCAAUCUGUGAAGUGGCGGAGCUCCAUGAUCCACUGGAGUGGAGGGCUCAGCAGGAACUGGAUCCCGAUCUGCAACCUGUGCUGCAGUGGGUUGAAUCGGGACAGAGACCACAGUGGAGUGAGGUAGCUGGGUUUUCGCUGGCCACCAAAGGACUGUUUGAAAAGUUUACAACCCUCCGUAUAAAAGACAGAGUACUUCAAAGAGCGUGGAAAGAGCCAGCUACAGGGGAGGAAAGGUGGCAAACUGUAGUCCCCAGAGCACUCAGAGACCCAGUUCUGAAGGCUUGUCACGGAACUCCUGGGGCGGGACACUUUGGAGUCUCAAAAACUCUCAGACGGCUCAGGCAAGGGUUUUACUGGGGCCAGCUCAGGAGGGAUGUAGAGGACUUUUGUCGUCGUUGCGACCUGUGCGCUGCUUAUAAGGGCCCUCCAGGUCAAUCCCGUGCCGAGCUUCAGCAGUUGGCCGUGGGGGCCCCUAUGGAAAGAGUGGCUGUGGACAUAAUGGGUCCGUUUCCCCGGUCAGACCAGGGGAAUCGUUAUGUACUCGCUGCCAUGGACUAUUUCACUAAAUGGCCAGAGGCAUUUGCCAUCCCGGAUCAGGAAGCGGUGACGGUGGCAGACACCCUGGUGGAGGGAAUGUUUUCCAGGUCUUCGGUUCAGGAGUCCACAGCAUGCACACCUGCUCUUCUCAUGUUGGGGCGAGAGCUGCGGACACCCAGAGAAAUGUGCUUUGGCAGACCCCCACACACUCCUGCUGUCCCACCAGGACCGGAAUACGCUCGGAGGCUACAGGACCGGAUGGAGACAGCUCAUGCGUUUGCCCGUGACCAGCUGCAAAAGGCUGGGAUCCGGCAGAAAAGAAACUACGACAUGAGGGCCAAAGGAAGAGACUUUAACCCUGAGGACCUCGUGUGGGUGUUCAGCCCUAAGAGAAAAAAAGGGAGGUGCCCUAAGCUGGACUAUCGCUGGAAUCGUGCUCUCCCAGAUCCUCAUCGCUCAGAUCCAGGAGGAGAUCGGCUCGGUGCUGUGAUGGAGGAGGAAGAGGAGGAGGAGGAGGAAGAGGAAGAGGAGGAGAUCGGCUCGGUGCUGUGA